AUGGAAUCAUCCCAAGUAAAUAAUUAUUGCUGGCCAUCAAGUCUUCGAGAAGCCAUCGAGUCAAGGAAUUACGGCUAUUUAGAAAAGUACUUGGCAAAUGAGAAUAAUAUCCACAGCAGAGAAACUGAAGGAUUUACUCCACUCCAAAUCGCUCUAAAAAUAGACGAUAUCAAAAUGGUGAGAUUCUUGCUGGAACAUAGAGCUGAUCCAAACCGAUUUUACCUUCAUGAAGAUUGGAAGGGCUGUUCUCCUCUACAUUUUGCUUUAUCUCGAAGAAGCAAUGAAAUGGCAAUGUUAUUAAUUGAAUAUGGAGCCGAUCUCUUUGCCAUGUGCUAUAAUAAAAUACCGGCGAUUUAUUAUGCUAUCAAGUACAAUCGAGUACAAAUUAUUCGCUAUUCAAUGAGAAAUGGAAUCAGUCCUGAUUCUCUCAUUGAUCAUGAUACUUCCUUACUUACCUGUGCUGUAAAAGAAGGAAAUAUAAGAAUAGUGAAAUGUAUUCUGGAAUAUGGACCAAAUGUCAACUCCCACCAUAAUCAGCAAGCAAUCGUAGAGGCAAUUUAUGGAUAUGAUAAUUAUUCAAAGAGACUGGUGAAGAUGCUCUACAAUUAUGGGUUCACUUUGCAACCAGCUGACGUUCAUUCAAAGCUGAUCCUAGCAGCUAUUGAAAACGGUCACUACGAAGCUGUUAAGAACUUAUUAGAACUGGGUGUCAAUCCUGAUCAAGAUAUCCUUUUUGAUUCUUAUGAAGAACCCAUAUUGUAUGUUGCUGUGAAAUGCAACCAAAUAAAAAUCGUUCAAUUACUUUUGGAGUAUGGGGCCAAUGUCAACAAAUUUAGUGAUAAUGAUGGAAGACUCCCCCUACUAACUGCUGCAAGUCAAAGCAACCUGUACAUCACAAGACUUCUGCUAAAGUAUGGAGCAAAAGUGAUCAGAACAGACUCUUUAUUUUUCGCACUUGUUGAAACGUUGGAAUAUUGUGAACGACAUCUGGACGAGCGCCUAGACAGAGUCAAAACUAAAAUCGUCAAAUUGCUUAUUUCCGAGGAAGCAGACAUUAAUGCGAAAUUUAUAACCAACGAAUGCACUCCUAUUUUUGGGGCAAUUGAAACAGGACUACCCAGUGCUGUCCAGGUGCUACUAGAUCAUGGAGCAGACGUUUGCAAAAUUAACGAGAUGGGCUUCACGGCAUUUUUGUACGCUCGCCACGCAGUGGAUUACUAUAUCAAAAAUCAGUUUCUGCUGAACCCCUUGAAACGUCAGACUAUACUUGAUCUUAGAUCUCAAGUGGCUGAAAAACUCGAACGCCAUAUUUAUCUGAUUCAUAAGAUUGGAUAUCCUGUUGCCCAAGUCGAUCUUCUGAAGAUCGACGAACGCCGUAAAGACUAUCUGGAAUGUGAAAAUAUGUGUAAAAUCAUUGACGAUGAAUUCGAAUACAUCAAGGCGACUAAGAUCGACAACAGCUACGUCACUCUUUAUCGCUUUCUUAGCAGUACGGAUGAAGAAGCCGCAAAAUUUGUCGAAAACGAUGUCUUUCUUAAGAACCUCAAAGCAAUGCUACGCCGCCCAAGUAAAUUUACCGGAUAUGCAAUAUUUAUUAGAAAAAAAUUGACGGCUGCUUUGAGACAACUCUUCAGAAAUAUCUGCUUAGCUGGCAGUUGGUGCCUUUUCGAUCUUUAUCCAUCUCAUGACAUAGAUUGUCAUCAGCGAUGUGUUAAAGCUGUUUAA